AUGGACCCGCGCGGGAUGCGGCCCGGGGCGCCCGUGCUGCUGCUCAGCUUCCUCCUCGCCGCCAGCGGCGCGGGCCGCGUGGAGGUGCCGCGCGCCGUGACGGCCGUGCUGGGCCAGGACGUGGUGCUGCCGUGCCGGUACCGGGCGCAGGAGCGGGAGCAGGUGGUGCAGGUGACGUGGCUGAAGCGUGGCGCGGGCGCGGCGCCCGCCGAGGUGGCGGUGCUGAACCCGCAGCACGGCGAGCACGUGCAGGAGGCCUUCGCCGGGCGCGUGCUGCGGCGCGGCCACGGCGACCUGCGCGACGGCGACGUCGUCCUGCGCAACGCCGUGCAGGGCGACGAGGGCGACUACGAGUGCCACCUCAUCACCUUCCCCAUGGGCAGCUUCGAGGGGCGCCUGACGCUCCGGGUGCUGGUGCCACCGCUGCCCAUCCUGAACCCGGGCCCGCCGCUGGAGGAAGGGCAGGGCCGGACGCUGGCGGCCUCGUGCACGGCCGAGGGCAGCCCGGUGCCCUCGGUGCGCUGGGAGACCGAGGUGCGCGGCACCAACGCCACGCGGCGCUCGGCCCACGCGCGCUCCGCCUCGGUCACCAGCGAGUUCUUCCUGGUGCCCGGGCGCAGCAUGAACGGCAAGAGCCUCACCUGCGUGGUGGCACACCCCGGCCUGAGCCACGAGAAGAGGAUCACCCACCAGCUCAACGUCGCCUACCUGUCGGACGCGUCGGUGCUGGGCCACACGGCCGAGUGGCAGGAGGGGAUGGAGGGGGCGGCGCUGACCUGCCUGGGGGACGGCAACCCCCCCCCGACCUACAACUGGACACGGGUGGACGCGCCGCUGCCCGAGGGCGUCAGGGCCAAGGGGGACACGCUGCUGUUCCAGCGGCCGCUGGCUGUGGCCGACGCCGGCGACUACGUGUGCCGAGUGUCCAACCGCGUGGCUGCCAAGGAGGCCCGGGCCAACGUCAGCAUCCGGGGACGCGCCACAGAGGACACCGUGCGCCGCGUGGACCUGGUGUCGGCCUCGGUGGUCGUGGUCGGGGUCAUCGCCGCCGUCCUGCUCUGCGUCCUCGUCAUCGUCGUGGUGGUCAUGACCCUGUACCACAAACGCAAGACCCAGCGCAUCUCCGAGAAGUACGAGGAGGAGCUGACGCUGACCCGGGAGAAUUCCAUCCGGAGGCUCCACUCCAGCCACGGCAGCGACCCCCGGGCACAGCUGGAGGAGACGCUGCAGCUGCGGACGGAGAGUCGCCAGGGCAGCCUGCGAGGGGACAGCCUGCGAGGGGACAGCCUGCGAGGGGACAGCCUGCGUGGCACCAGCAUCUGCUCCGCCAUGAGCGAGGAGCCCGAGGGCCGCAGUUACUCCACGCUCUCCACGGUGCGGGAGAUCGAGACGCAGACCGACGUCCCCGUGGUCCCCGUUGUCACCGCGGCGCCACCACCGCCACCGCCGGGCGGGAAGGACCCCAAGGAGGAGGAGGAGGACGGGGGCGGCGGGGGGGACCCCAUCAAGGCGGCCAUGACGCACUUCGUGCAGGAGAACGGGAUGCUGCAGGCCAAGCCCAGCUCCAACGGCAUCUACAUCAACGGCCGCGGCCACCUGGUGUGAGCCGCCCACCGGGGGGACACCUGGGGACA